GCUUGGGCCCCGAAGGACGGGACUCAGCCAAUCGGAGCCGAGCAAGGCGGGGUUCGACUCCGGGAAGGGGCGGUCGCAGGGAAGUAAACCCCGCGGCUAGCGCAUCUUUCUGCCUCACUUGCUUCUGCAUCUGCCCUGCAUCUGCGUGGGUUCCUCCUCCUUUCUUCCAGUUGGGCGGACGCUGACUCAAAGGGUGACGGGGGACGCUAAUUCAACUCGUCAUGGCCUACCCAGGAUACGGAGGAGGGUUUGGAGAUUUUAGCGGUCAGAUGCCAGGAAUGCAGCUGCAGAUAGGACAACCAAUGCCAGGAACAGGGCCAAACCUGCUCCCUGGUGGAUACCCAGCGUAUUCUGACAGUUAUUCCUCAGCAGGAGACCCCAUGUGGACAUACUUCACUGCUGUUGCUGGACAGGAUGGUGAAGUGGAUGCUGAGGAACUUCAGAAAUGUUUGACACAGUCUGGAAUUAGUGGAACUUACUCUCCCUUCAGUUUGGAAACCUGCAGAAUUAUGAUCGCCAUGUUGGAUAGAGAUUACACAGGAAAAAUGAGGUUUAGUGAAUUCAAAGAACUUUGGGCAGCUCUUAAUGCCUGGAAGCAAAACUUCAUGACUAUUGAUCAAGACCAAAGUGGCACAGUGGAACAUCAUGAAUUGAAUCAAGCCAUCGCUGCUAUGGGUUAUAGGUUGAGCCCUCAAACAUUAACUGCUAUUGUUAAACGGUACAGCAAGAAUGGCAGAAUCUUCUUUGAUGAUUAUGUGGCUUGCUGUGUGAAGCUUCGAGCACUGACAGAUUUCUUUAGGAGAAGAGACCACUUGCAACAAGGGGUUGUGAAUUUUGUAUAUGAUGAUUUUUUGCAGGGUACUAUGGCAAUUUGAAUGUCUAGAAUUUGGAAGCUGAAGAAAUACUGUGAAUUUUUUUUACUUGGAAGACAUGAACUGGACUUUGAAUUUAAUGCUUUUUUGGCUUUUCCAUGUUUCUACCUUGUUAUAAGUCUGUCCUAUUUCUAUGUGUUUUUACUUUAGUGCAUAAUUUAAAGCAAUACCAGAAGUGUUUUUGUAUUUGGAAUAGUAGUGCUUUUAGGAAAGCUGUUCACUUAACAUAUCUUAGUAUCAUAAAACAUUGGUAUAUGAUGAAUUGAUGUAAAUACCUUUUAGCCUUAAUUUUUAACAUUGUAAAUCCAGAAGAAUGUAUUUACAAGAUAGAUAAUAUAAGAAGCCAAAUGUGAAAGCCUACAUAAAGCUAAUGUAUACUUACCUGAAGGUUACAAAUUAUACAUUGAAUUUUUUUUCCUCGUUGUUGGUUUUGAAGGUGAACUAGAAGUCUGGAUUUUGUGCCAUAUUUGUAGAAGGGUUUCUUUAUUCCUUGAUUGCAUAAUUUAAGAAGAGAAACUCACUGGUCUUUGCCUAUGAAGAAGAAAAUUGUAGUUCCUAAAAUUUCGUUUUACGUCACCUUAAGUAGACUGCAAAUUAAUAUAUAGAGAAAUAAGGCUAUAGGAAGCAUUUUUUCCUUUAUUUUUUUCAGUGUAUAUUUUUCUUCAAUAUGCUUUAUUAUCUUCUGUGGGAAAAAAAGUUCUUAACAGAACAUACGUUUUCUCUCUGCAUUUUUUUUUUUUCAUUAGUGAUGACCUAGAGGGCCUAAAAUGGCAUCUUCCUUUUAAAUCUAGACUUUCUGGAAGUGACACAUAUUUUUAAUGAGAUGUCAACAUUUCAGUGUAUUCUAUUAAACUAAAUUGUUUCAUAUAUAAUGCCAACUGUUUACGAAGUUAAAAAAAUCAAGUAAUCUACCAAUUUGUUUAGAUAGUCAGAAACUAGGUUCACCUUUCUUGACAACAUUAGCCGCAGGUUUUGGCAUUACUAAACUGGCAAGUCGUUGAAUGCAGGUGUGUAAUGUGGGGGGUACUGACCACAGCAGGCACCACACCCUGUUUCAGAGUGGCAUCACUGUGGAAAUUGCAAAGUGGUCAUCACAUCCUUAGCAUUUCAGACCCCUGAUAUGAGCUGUUGUAGUUAAUCCUGCCCCUUUCCUUGCAAACACUCUUAAUCUUUCUUAAUGAAGAUUUGAAACACCAUGUGUUUUUCUUACACCUUAACUGAAUGUCUUCCAGCUUCAAAUGUGAGUACAAAUUGAUGUAAUUUUAGUAUGACUGGUGACCAAAUUAAUUAUUCUUUUUAGAAAAUUCCAGAUUUCUUAAAGGAUGGAGGAUGAAUGGUAGCAUCUUGAAAAAAAGAAAAGUUUCGUAAACUUACAGAAUUUUAAAUCCACUUUUACUUUCAACAGUCCUGGAAAGGAAGUAUUGGGUAGUCAUUUUGACGUUAUAUUUUUAUAUAAUUAGCUGUCAGAUUCAUUUGGUCAGCAGUAUAAACGUGUGAAUAAAUAAUCCAUAUACUUUUGUCCUCUGGCUGCUAAUUUUUUUUCCAUGAACAUAUAUUUGAUAAUGUGAGAGGAUGUUAACUGAGGUAUAAAAUAAAAUACAGUAUUCUAAUUAGAAGUGUUGUAGAAGAAACUAAUGUAAACACACUCUUACAUCAUUCAUGUUGAAUGAGGAUGAUAUGACUCAGCAGCCUGGUAUCUUAACAUCCAGCUUAUAGGUAAUUGCAUUGCGGUACUGUUCUGACGUCAGUUAUAAUUUUUCUUACUUGUAGGCUAAUGGUUGAGGCUAAAAACUUUAAAAAUGAUAUAUGAUAUUAUUCAUUUAAGUUUCUGCCAAAUGACACUUUGUAUUAGAACUCUUCAUAUGAUUCUCUAACUCGUCCUUUUCCAAAGGUGUUUCUGUAAAUUUUGGUCAUGGUCAGUCUGUGAAGCCAUUUCAGUGACCAAACAUACUUGGGAAAUUCUCACCCUUUUCAGGCAGCUUGAUAAAGCCUAAGGUACAGAAAAUCCUGUUUACUUCUGUUUGACAUAGUUUGUUCCAAAAAUUUUUGACCACAGAACUCCUUUCUCUAGCAGAACUAAUUUUCCAUGCCAAUCCAACUUGUCAGACAGUUCUUUUGCACUGUCCGUUAACUAGAUAAUCUUAUAAAACGUUAGGCAUAGAGGAUAUUUUAGAUGGAGUUUUUAUACCGAAAUGCAGCUCACUUUUUGAUGCUUUAAAGAUAAUUGAUGUAAACAGACAUCCAUUACUAAAGUAAAAAUUAAAUAGUCUUAUGAUGAACAAGGACUGGAAUAUGAAUAUCGUAUGGUAGUUUGUACUGGUUAACUCACACCCAAUUUUCUUGUAAAGAGUAAAAUAUUGAAUAAUGUACACUCUUAACAUCUAAGUGCUUUUAUUUAUACAGUAAACAUGUUUCCAUGUCAUUUUGAGAAUUUUUUAAUAAACAUUCAAAUAGCUUGCUGUAAAGUUUUGUAUCAUACAAAAUCUGUUAACAUAUAUGAGAUGCUUCAGUUCAAAUAACAGUGCAGUUAAUUCACCUCCGCCUAAAAAACUGCCAAAUGGUUCAAUGUCAGAUAUUGCACUUCUAUUUUGAGUGGCAGUUUACACCUUUUAAAUUAUAUCAAGGGGAAAUAAAUACUGUUGGAAUCUUAAUUUGGUCCACUUUAAAGUAAUUUCAAGGACUGUGAUCAUUUGAUCUAUUUAAGCAUGCAUUCAGAAACAAAAAGUAAUUUAAAAGUGUCAAAUAAUAUAUUUAUUUCCAGAAAAGGUAUUCACCCUGGAAGAAAGUAGAAUUUAUUAAUGAAGUUCAAAGUCUGUGCAGUUUAAAAAAUGACAAACAUCAAUUUAUAAUUCUUUCUCUAAGGAAAAUAUACAAAUCAAGUUCACUUGUACUCUUACGGCAUUACUAAACUGGACAAACUAAAUGAAUACAAUUUGUCAGAAAUGUGCUUUUCUUUUGUACUUUUGACAAAUUCACAGAUGAUAUGUUUUCUCGAAUUUGUAGCAGUUUUCUGGGAAAUUAAUAGGAAUAAAUUUGUGAACAUCUGGUAAUUAAAUCUAGUGAGUAAAAAUCCAAGACUUCUUUCACGUUAGCAUUUUUUCUUUUCUUUUAAACUUUAAAAUGCAGCCAUGGGUAUUUUAUUAAGUUUGAAACUUGUAUUAAAAAACCACAUCUUUUUGAUUUUGUAAGCACUUUGAAAUAAAUGUACAAUUCUAAGCUAUCAUC